UUGGGGGCAUGCCCCAGCACCCCCGGAGCCCGGGAGGGAACCCAGGAGCGCCGCCGCCCAGUCCCAGCGCCCCGAGCUGCUGAACCGCUGCAGAGGAGCCCUAAACCGCUGUCCGCCCCGCGCAAGCGGCCCCGGGGGUUGGCGACCAAAGUCUGGGUUUCUGAGAAAACUGGAGAGGGAACCCUGACUGCAUUCUUCUGGACCCCCAGGAAGUACCUGAGGCCUGAGUCAUCUCCUUUCUACUCUUCCUGCCCCCCAGGACUGGGCAGUUGCCGAAGGCCCUGGGGGGGGGCCCAGGACUGUGGUUGUGCCCCCCCCCAACGGACAGGAUGGGCCCAACUUAGUCCACCCAACCUCACCCAGUGUCCUCCAGGCCCAGAAGGAGCCCCAGACACUCUGAAAGCUUGACCUGGCUUGCCUGCCAUGGAGACGAAGCUGCCCCCCGCGAGCACCCCCACCAGCCCCUCCUCCCCAGGGCUGUCGCCUGUGCCACCACCGGACAAGGUGGACGGCUUCUCCCGCCGUUCCCUCCGCAGGGCCCGGCCCCGACGCUCACACAGCUCCUCUCAGUUUCGCUAUCAGAGCAACCAGCAAGAGCUCACGCCGCUGCCCCUGCUCAAAGAUGUGCCAGCCUCUGAGCUGCAUGAGCUUCUGAGCCGGAAGCUGGCCCAGUGUGGGGUGAUGUUUGACUUCUUGGACUGUGUGGCUGACCUGAAGGGGAAAGAGGUAAAGCGGGCAGCACUCAAUGAGCUGGUGGAAUGCGUGGGAAGCACCCGGGGCGUCCUCAUUGAGCCCGUCUACCCAGACAUCAUCCGCAUGAUCUCAGUGAAUAUCUUCCGGACCCUGCCCCCCAGUGAGAACCCUGAAUUUGACCCUGAAGAGGAUGAGCCAAACCUGGAGCCUUCCUGGCCACAUCUGCAGCUGGUGUAUGAGUUUUUCCUGCGUUUCUUGGAGAGCCCAGACUUCCAGCCUUCUGUGGCCAAGAGAUAUGUGGACCAAAAGUUUGUCCUGAUGCUCCUGGAGCUGUUUGAUAGUGAGGAUCCUCGGGAGAGAGAGUACCUCAAGACCAUCUUACACCGGGUCUAUGGCAAGUUCUUGGGUCUCCGGGCCUACAUUCGAAAACAGUGCAACCAUAUCUUCCUCCGAUUCAUCUAUGAACUUGAGCACUUCAAUGGCGUAGCCGAGCUGCUGGAAAUCUUAGGAAGCAUCAUCAAUGGCUUUGCACUGCCCCUGAAGACUGAGCACAAACAGUUCCUGGUUCGAGUCCUGAUCCCCCUGCACUCUGUCAAGUCACUGUCUGUCUUUCACGCCCAGCUGGCAUACUGUGUGGUGCAGUUCUUGGAGAAGGAUGCCACCUUGACAGAGCAUGUGAUCCGUGGGCUGCUCAAAUAUUGGCCAAAAACCUGCACCCAGAAGGAGGUGAUGUUUCUGGGGGAGAUGGAAGAGAUUCUUGAUGUCAUCGAACCCUCCCAGUUCGUAAAGAUCCAGGAGCCCCUCUUCAAGCAGGUGGCUCGCUGUGUCUCCAGCCCCCAUUUCCAGGUUGCAGAGCGGGCUCUGUACUUCUGGAACAAUGAGUAUAUCCUGAGCCUCAUUGAGGACAACUGCCACACUGUGCUGCCUGCUGUGUUUGGGACCCUCUACCAAGUCUCCAAGGAACACUGGAAUCAAACCAUCGUAUCUCUGAUCUACAAUGUGCUCAAGACCUUCAUGGAGAUGAAUGGGAAGCUGUUUGAUGAGCUCACGGCCUCCUAUAAGCUGGAAAAGCAGCAGGAGCAGCAGAAGGCCCAGGAGCGCCAGGAGCUGUGGCAAGGCUUGGAGGAGCUACGGCUGCGCCGACUACAGGGCACCCAGGGAGCCAGAGAGGCCCCCCUCCAGCGGCUCACCCCUCAGGUGGCGACCAGUGGGGGUCAGAGCUAGAGCCCCCAGAAGGGGAGAAGCUAAGCCCAGAGCUUCUGGUCCCUCAAUCCCUUCUCCUGCCCAGGGGCCCGAGAGGCACACACCUGCCCCUGGCCUUGCCAGAGUGGGCCCUGAGGACUCCCUGCCCAGCCCAGCAUGGGCAGCUUGCACCAGGGAGACGAGAAGAUGGGAUGGUGGUCUUGACAGCAGAACUCUUAGGCCCUCGUGGCAAGACUUGACCAAGGCAGGCUUGACCAGGAAGCUGCCAUCAGGGCUCUCACUCGUCCUUACCACUGGGCUCUGGGGGCAGGCAGGCUCCCACCCACCCCUGCUCCUGCCCAGGGUGAGGUCAUGCAGCACCUUACAUCUUCCUCAUCCCCACCAUGGGGGUCUGUGGUCUAUUUAUUCUGCCCAGCUCACCCUCAACAUAGACACUGUCCUGGCCCCGGGGUGUCCUCCUCUCCUCUCCCUCGCCCUGUACUUCCUUGUCCCCUUUUUAUUUAUUGGGCAGGGGGAGGGGUGAGGGCACAGACAAGAAGAGAUUCACAGUGUCCUGGGGUGAGGGGGGUCACAGUAAUCAUAGUCUAUCCUCUUCCCCUGGCUGGGGGUAGACUUAAUAAAGACAGAAACUCAA